UAGGGAGCGAAGACAGUGGAAAUAGAAAACACAGAAAACCGACUCCAUAGUGAAGCGUGCUCGUAAGAAAAAUCGGCGAGUUAAACCAUUCGAAGACGCACAGUGAAAGACGCAAUCGUAAAGAAGCGAAAUUUGCUUGCGUGUGUGUGUAUUGGUAGGGGACGCCACUGCAGAGCCGAGAGAGCGCGCGCAUUCCGCGAAGAGACGUCUUGCCGCAAGAAAACACGAACAGCAGCAGCAACAGCAACAGCAAAGCAGCCAUGGAAGAGGUUUCGGUAAAGAAGCGCGGCAGGCCCCCAAAGAACCCUGGUGCAAGUCCGAGCGUGGUGGACGCCGCCGCCACGAUUCCGAAGAAGCGUGGUCGCCCACCAAAGAGUGCUAAGGCUCAGCGCGGCCGACCGUCAAAGAAACCAAUCAAUCUAAGCGAGAGCGAGGGUGAAGGGGAUGGUGAUGGUGAUGACGAUUCCUAUGAGAAUGUGGCAAAGACUGUGGCGUCGCCCCAACCGGCGUCCAAGGGCCGCGGUCGCCCACGCAUCAACAACUACGAUGCUGAGGUCCCAGCUAAAUCAAAGACCACAUCGUCCAAGCGGCGCAAGCUGGGCCGCCCCAGGAAGCAUCAGCCCAGUGAGAGCGAAGAUGAGAAGAGCGACGAUGAUGAUGAAGAGGUUCGUCGCCCGCCGGGACGUCCUCCGACUGGGUCCGUCAAUCUGAAUAUUGUGCGCACCGGACGCGGCCAGGGCAGGCCAAAAACACAUGUGGAGAAACGUCCCGCUGCCCCGGCAGCCGAAUGGACCGGUGAUGGACCUCCACCCAAGAAGCGCGGUCGUCCAGCAUUGAACAAGCAAGCUUAUGUGCCAACUGGUCGUCCACGAGGUCGUCCAAAAGUCAACAAGCCUGUUGAGGAGGAGGACGACGAUGACGAAGAAGAAGAGGAAGAUGACGACUCUGUGGAGGAGCAGAUCGUGCAGCCUGAGAAACCAGCUGCCGCUGCAUCUUCCCCUGUAGUUAAGAAGCGUGGACGCCCUGCAGGACCAAACAAGUCGUUGAAUGAGGGAGCUCCCAAGCCGCGCGGACGUCCCCCAAAAGCCAAUCACAGCGCCUUGAACCACGACCAGGAUGAAGACGAUUCCAAUGAUGAUGCCGCAAGCAAGAAACCAGCCGAUCGCGCCCGCGCUUUUAAUGACGCUUACGAAGGUGCAGCCUCUUCGAAGGAUGACUCCAAGUCGACAUGCGACGGCGAGGCCGCCAAUGAUACCGCCGAAACCGUUGAUUGCGAGUCCGAUGCCGCAGGUCCCGAAUCAGGCACUGCCUAAGCAUCUCGACAUUUAUAUUAAUUUUAGGCAUACAACAAACAUAAGAAUUAAUACCUUCGGCACCACAGAUCACAUAAUACAUGAAAGGAUCCAGAAACUUUCCAUUCCGCCGCCGCCGCCCCCCCCCCCCACACACUCAAAUCAGGACAGAACCCUCUAUAAAUACUUACAUAUAUAGGGCUAAGAAAUUUUGAAAUCGGAAAUGUUUGUCCCCGUAUAUUUAUUUUGCAUAUUCCAUUGAAGUAUUUCAAUCGUUUCAAAAUGCAAAUGCACAAUACAUCCUAUUUCUAAGAAAGAAAAGGUGAGAAAAAAAUGUAUUUCCUCUAUAAUUUUCACUAAGAAUUGGUCGAAAUGACUACACCGUUUAAAAAUUAAAAUACACAUGUAUGUAUAUGUAUUAGAA